AUGAAGGAUUUCAGUCCCGAGAACAACCUGCUCCCUCACAUCAUCGACUAUUAUGCCCAAGAAGACCCAGACAGAGUCUACGCAGAGUACCCACGGUCGCCCAAUACAUACGAUGAUGGCUUUACCCAAGUCACAAACCAUUCGUUUGCCAAUGUCAUUAACGGCAUCGCAUGGUGGCUCACAAACAAUCUUGGUCCCGGCAAUGGCGAAACAUUGGCCUACAUUGGUACCAACGACAUUCGGUAUCCCGCUCUGGUUAUCGGGGCUAUCAAAGCAGGAUAUCGCAUAUUCCUGGUAUCCCCUCGCAAUAGCAUGCCAGCCUAUAAAUCUCUCUUCGAAAGUACCAAGUGCACACGAAUCCUCACCCAGUCCCCUCGCCUACCUCCCGUCAUAACGAUCAUUGACGGACUCUCAAUGCAAGCGAUUGCUAUUCCAGGCGUCGAUGAACUGUUAUCGGUCGAACACCCGCAUUUCGAAUAUUCCAAGACCUACCCCGAACAUCGAAAUGACACUAUGGCUAUUGUUCACACCUCGGGCUCCACUGGUAUUCCGAAGCCCAUCAUCUGGCCGCUAGAAGUGGCGAACCAACACAUUCGAAUGUCAAGCUUGCAACCCCCUAGCGGAUCGAGUACACUGGCAGAGAUGUUCAUAGGAAGCAAAAUGUUCUUAACUCUCCCACCAUUCCAUGCGGCUGGGAUUGGAAUCAUGAUUUUCCUGGCAGUCCCGUCGAAGCUCACAUUUGUGGUUCCAAUUUCGGCAUCUCUUCCUACAGCUACUUCCUUCUUAGAGGCCGCAAAACAUACCGAUCUCAAGUCGGCUGUUUUGCCCCCAUUUAUUCUCAAUGACCUGGCCCAUAGUGAGGAAAUGCUUGAAUUCUGCAGUCAGCAUUUAGAACUCAUACUGUAUGGUGGCGGUGAUCUCCCCCAGCCAAUCGGCGAAAAGAUUGCGAAAAAGAUCAGGCUAGCCAACAUGUACGGGGCCUCGGAGUUCGGGAUUGUCAAUGUACUGUUCUCUCAUUCCAAUCGUGAUCAUACCACAGAUUGGAAAUACAUCUCACCCCACCCAAACUUGGGCGGGGAGUUUCGCCAUGUGAUGGAUGAUAAGUACGAACUGGUACUCGUGCGAAGUGAGGAGCGUGAAAAGCACCAGAUGCCAUUUAGCAUCUUUCCAGAACUAACGGAAUACCCAACACGAGAUCUUUUCAUGCGUCACCCAGAUCCGACCAAAUCCGACCUCUGGCGCUGGUGUGCCCGUCGCGACGACGUGAUCGUUUUCCUCAACGGAGAAAAAACCAACCCGGUCUCAAUGGAGCAACACAUAACCGCGUCAAACAAAAAUGUCAUAGGUGUGUUGGUCGCGGGUGCUCAACGCUUCCAGGCCUCUCUCAUAGUCGAGUACGGUGAUAAGGCGCUGGAUCCGAGUGAGCGGGCGAAAAUCAUCGAGGAACUCUGGUCCUCCAUUCAAGAGGCCAAUGCUGUUUGCCCUACACAUGCGCAAAUUUCUAGAAGUCAUAUUCUAUUCACAGUCCCGGAGAAACCAAUGUCUCGUGCCGGGAAAGGAACAAUUCAACGCACUGCUACUCUGGCUUUGUACGAAUCCGAAUUGGAAGCGCUGUAUGCUGAUGCAGAUUCAUUGGUGGCGGUGCCUUCGGGCUUGGAUGUUUUUUUCCGUGACAACGUUGGUCAUAAUGUUCACAGAAUAGCUGACAGUAUCCGUUCACUCCUGCGUUCUUUGUUUGGAUGGCAUGAGGAUCAACUGAGCGACACGACUAACUUUUUUCAUCUUGGGUUCGACUCCCUUAUGACUAUGACGGCGGCUCGCUGCUUCGCAAGUGGUUUCCGACUUUCGAACUUCACGCCGAAUCUAAUUUAUCUGAAUCCCACAGUCAUUACUCUCGCUGAGGCGACUUCUCAGUUGAUGCAGAAUAAUGAGAGAUCGGAAGAACUUGCUAACGCAGAACGACUGCGAGAAAGACAAGCGUUGUUGAAGAAAAUGAUCAAUCUUAUUGAGCCGAAAACAAAUCCCAAGGCUCCUCAGUUACAGACUGUUCUGCUUACUGGUUCAACCGGGACGCUCGGCGCCUACCUCCUUGAUGCGCUUCUAAAGGAUCCGGCUGUCAGCCACGUUCAUUGUCUCAACCGAAGAGAAGACAGCCAAUCUGUGCAACAGGAGAAGAGUACUUUCUACAAUCUCAACUCUUCGUUCGACUCCGACCGAGUCAGCUUUUGGCAGGUUGAUUUAUCCCGAAAUAACCUCGGAUUGGACACCGGAACCUUCACCAAACUACAGAACACAGUGACAACCUUUGUCCACAAUGCCUGGAACGUCAACUUCAAUCUGUCACUCGCGUCAUUCGAGCCUGAUUUGCUGGGUGUUGUAAAUUUGAUCAAUUUCGCAGCGUCCUCCAAAAAUGCGCCAAAUCUCUUCUUCAUCUCUUCCGUGGGCUCCGUCCUUGGGGAUCCUGGUGCCACGCCGGAGGCGCUUGUGACGACUGCCCACCCAUCUGUGAACGGAUAUGGAAACAGCAAAUACAUAGCUGAGCAUAUGAUAUCUCAUGCCGCAAAGCAACGCACCAUGAGAGCAUCGAUCGCUCGCGUUGGCCAAAUUGCCGGAGCCGCGAAUGAACCAGGACUCUGGAACAAAAACGAAUGGUUCCCCAGUCUAGUCAUGAGCUCUCAGCAGGUUAAUGCCAUACCGAAGGAUCUCGGUGCUCUUGGUAGGAUUGAUUGGGUACCUAUUGACCUCCUGGCGGAUGUACUCGUUGAUCUGGCGCUCAAUGAACCUUCGACCCCAGGCUCAGUGGAAUUUUUCCACCCAUUGAACGUCAACCCAACUACCUGGGAAGAGAUCGCCCCCAUCGUCUCAGGUGUCCUCGUUGAUCUUGCGCUCAAUGAAUCUUCGGACCCAGGCUCAGAGGAAUUUUCCUACCCAUCGAAAGUUCUCCCAAUGACUUGUGGAAACUUCGACCCCAUUGUCCCGGAGCCCCAAAAUUUGCCAAGCGGGGAGUCUUUUGAGACCAUUCCUCUUUCCGAUUGGAUAAAGCGCGUACGAAUGAAUAUGGAAGCUGCUUGUCGUGGAGACGGAGCUUCGGACGAAAUGUUACGAAAGAAUUUGGAGAAGAACCCCGCGGCGAAGCUCUUGGACUUUUUCGAGGCACUCGUUUUGACCCGUUGGCCCAUUGCGCUUGAUAAUAGCAAUACUGCUCUCAAGAGCCACAAGCUUCGUACAAUAGAUGGUAUCAAGGAAGAAUGGAUUCGCAAAUGGAUCAGAGAAUGGAUGGUGUAA